CAGCUAGUCUCUUAAAUCUAAAAACAAUAAAAAAUUGCAUUGUAUUCUCCUAGCUUGCUUCACUCUAGUUGGUUGGCCUGGUCUCACUCACCCACUUCGUUUCUUUUCAUCGUUUCUCUGUGCAUCGUCGCUCUCUCUCUCUUCCUAAUAUCAGUACUAUUCUACUGCUACUACUCGUGAGCGUCGAAGUGGAGCGAGUUUGAUUUGCUUCUCUCUUAAUUCUCCUCUCCUGAAAUGUUGAUGAUAAGAACUGUAUUGCUCCGCGAGCUCAUUAUUCUCUUCUUCGUCUUCUUUUCUUCCUUCUCACUCGCUGACGAACUCACAGAGUCAGAGUCAGAUCGGCUUCAGCUUACCAACGACACAGCCGUAUACAAUGCUUCCCUCUCUAAACCCAGAGAAGGCAGUUUCGCUAAAAUCAUCGAUGAUGCUCUUCGGAUGGAGUUCCCCGAGAAUGAACAGAAUGACGUAGCUGAUUCUGGAAGCUUUAACAAUAGUGUAUCUGAGCAGCAGGCAGUUUUGGAAACUGUUGCCAGAGUUAAACCGAAGAAAAAUGACACAAAAGAGGAAAAGUCGUUUAAAUUCCAUGAUGUUUUUAAUUUGGAUAAUGAUAAUGGAGCUGAAGAUACCCCGAUGCUAAUAGAUAGAAAGGACAAUGUCUUCAUCAUAUCUAACUUCAAAUCAAAAUAUCCAGUGCUGCAGCUAGACUUGAGAUUGAUAUCAGAUUUGGUUGUCGUCAUUGUGUCCGCAACUUGUGGUGGCAUUGCAUUCGCUUGUGCUGGACAACCGGUCAUCACUGGAUAUUUGCUAGCAGGGUCUGUUAUUGGGCCUGGAGGGUUCAGCUUUGUCAGUGAAAUGGUGCAAGUUGAGACUGUGGCUCAGUUUGGUGUUAUUUUCCUUCUUUUUGCAUUGGGCCUUGAGUUCUCAACAACAAAACUUCGAGUUGUUCGAGCAGUUGCUGUUCUUGGAGGUCUACUCCAAAUUGUUUUAUUUAUGUUCUUAUGUGGAAUUACAGCCAUGUUAUGUGGUGGUAAACCUUCAGAUGGUGUAUUUGUUGGCGCAUUCCUGUCAAUGUCUUCAACAGCAGUGGUUCUGAAGUUUCUGAUGGAAAAGAAUUCUACUAAUGCCCUUCAUGGUCAAGUCACCAUUGGCACCCUUAUUCUGCAGGACUGUGCUGUUGGUUUGCUGUUUGCUUUACUUCCAGUUCUUGGUGGAACUUCUGGCGUUCUUCAAGGAGUGAUAUCCGUGACUAGAUUGUUGGUAGUGUUGGUGGCAUUUUUGGCUGUUUUAUCAAUAUUAUCCCAUACUUGUGUUCCUUGGUUUCUUAAACUGAUGAUGAGCCUCUCGUCACAGACAAAUGAGCUCUAUCAAUUGGCAUCAGUAGCAUUCUGCUUGCUAAUAGCCUGGUGUAGUGAUAAGCUGGGCCUAAGUUUAGAGUUGGGUUCAUUUGCUGCUGGGGUGAUGAUAUCAACAACUGACCUUGCACAACAUACACUAGAACAGAUAGAACCAAUUCGUAAUUUUUUUGCUGCUCUUUUCCUUGCCAGCAUUGGGAUGCUGAUAAAUGUUCAUUUUCUCUGGAACCAUGUCGAUAUAUUGGUAGCAUCUGUCAUACUAGUCAUAAUCAUAAAGACAACCAUAAUUACUACAGUUGUGAAGGGAUUUGGUUACAAUAACAAGACUGCACUGCUUGUUGGGAUGUCUCUUGCACAAAUUGGGGAGUUUGCUUUUGUUCUUCUCAGCCGUGCUUCUAAUCUUCACCUCGUUGAGGGAAAGCUUUACCUACUUCUUCUUGGAACAACCGCUCUUAGUCUGGUAACAACUCCUCUGCUUUUUAAACUAAUUCCGGCUGUGGCACAUCUUGGAGUGCUGUUACGGUGGUUCCCACCUGAUAGUUCUGUUGAGGUGGGAUUUAAAGGAGAAAAUUUCCGAUCGGACAGUGGUAAACAACGGAUUACUCUAAUCGUUCAAGCACCUCAUGAUUCGUGAGCUUUGUAUAUAUAUCUAUAUCUAUAUAUAUGCUGUGCUCUAGCCUGUUUCUCCCAGUUGUGCAGUUGAAACAGAGCUUUGUAAACAGCGGAUUGAUGGAAUUUUUUUUCUGUUGUAACCAAACUAUUACCAAAUCAAGCGUCGGAAACACCACAUUGAAGAGGUAACCUAACUGCUUAAGGAGUGACACAAAGCUUUUACGUAUGACUUAUGCUAAUCAUUCUUAUCUUCCCUACAACACGUUUCCCCCUAUUUGUACCAUAGUUGAAGUCAGUCUUGUAAUUUACUCCUACCUGACAUUUAAUGAAAUUGUAAAAUUACCUUCUGUUCCGUUGUUUUUUCCCUUUUUCAUCAUGUUCAAAGAACUCAAACCAUAUAUGAAAUCAAUUUUGACCAAUAUUAAUAUUA